AUGAAUGCAAAAAGAUUUGCCACAAUUGCACAGCAUCUAUGCUCAGCUGAGAGACUAGCAAUUUACCAAGUGAUAUCAGACAGCAUAGCAAUUAUUACAAUAAAUCGUCCAUCAAGAUUAAAUUCUUUUAAUAAAGAUGUGUGGGAUCAAUUAAAUUCAUUUUUUCGACAAGCAGAAUCCGAUCCAAAUAUCAAAGUUAUCAUUAUAACAGGGGUUGGCUUUAAUGAAAGAAUUGACAGCGUCAUCAAUAAUUGUGAAUAA